AUGCCUGGGAAUAGAGAUAGAUGGAGCGACGCUUGCGACGAGUACAUUUGUGGACGGUCUCGCACUUUUUUAUUCCAUAAAUAUCGGCCAGCCUCCGAGAUCAUUAAUAUUUCUGGAUCAGCAAAUAGAAUGGCUGUUUCAACAUUUGAACCAACUCGCGAUGUGGAUAUUGAUUUUAGAAACAGACGAAGAAGAGGACUACAUACCGACAGCAAUAUGUGUAGCCUGGAAGUCAAAACGACAAAAAAUCUUGAAGAUCUCGUUCGGGACAACAUUGAUAGGGACCAGGAAUGCCAGAAGAAAUUUAAUAAGGUCACGACAGGAUUUCGACAUGAGAUACAAUCGUCUCUUUCCCCGAGACGGGAACAUGAAUUUGAUACCAAAUCAAGAACGGUGGCAAUUCGGGAAUUGCGCAGAGACGAACGCGUUGUCCCAUCUAGUGUCCUGGAGACGCGAUCUAGCGAUCAGAUCUCGUGUAAUCAAUACAGAAUCACAAGAAAUGAUACCCCCUUGCGGGAACUGUCUCCUGAUUAUGAAACACAGGACUCUGAAGACGUACUCCUUAAUCUAUUGAAACGGGAUCAUUCCUUUCACGAGACAAACACCAAUGGCUUGUCUGUUUAUGAGAUUGAUAAAUUCUCUAAAAAAUACGCUAUUAUUGGUGCAUAUCCCGUACUUUCAUAUAAUGAUUUAGUUUUCUGGAUAAAAGAUCAUGAUGGAGUUGUAUACAUAUGGUCCCGUAUGGAAAAUAGUAUUAUGCUUGUAGGACACAACAUGAAAGAUGCCCUAAUGAAUUAUCUUUUUCAUCAGGAAAAUCUUCGUUACGUUAAUGAGCAUACAUGUGAAUUGGUACCACUAGACGAAGCUGAACGCGAAGCUGAAGAAUGGAUAAAAUCGUGUGAGAUUGUGAUUGUAACUAAAGAAUCUAUCAAGUCAUUAUUAAGGGGAGAAGAAUCGAAAGGAAGUAGAAAAAAGAAGCAAAAAAAGAAAAAGAAUAAAAAAAAUUAAUGUAAAAAA